UUGGGCAGUCAGUGAAUUCAACGAACCGGCGGUAAGCACAACGCGAAGCGGAUAAAGUUGAAACGUUAAAAGGUCGCCAGGUGAAUAAAAGUGGGAGAAAAUAAAUAAAAAAUACAGUUAAAAACAGAGUGAAAAGUGUUAGUGAAUUUAGACGGUGACACAGGUGGAAUAUUUGUUGGCCUCAUCAACGCGAUCGCUUUGUUAUUGUUUGUGUUGUUAGCGAGUGGCAAGAAUGUGUUUAAACUUAAACGAAUUACAAUAAAUCAGUCGGCUUCGAAUCGCUGGCGUAUAAACACAAAAAGCUGUUUAAAGUGAAGCGCAAAAAAUUAAAAGGAAAGGAGAGUGUUAUUGCGAAUUUCCCUGCUUAACGGUAAUUGCUGGCCAAGCAGAGGAAGUGAUGAUUUUGUAGGGAAUAAAAGAAAGCGUGAAAAGUCGCAGAAAAAUAAUUAUUUCAUGGAAGGACACUUUCUAAAUGAAGAGAAAAAAUGUGAAACGAAAAAGCAAAAUGUGAGAUAAUGUGAAAAUCAUCAAAAACCAACUAAAAAGUAAAUGAAAUACUAUCCGCAAACUUUAGUGCAUUUGAAAAUCUAAACUAAAACAUAAUUUCAACCGAAAAACUUUCCUGGCAAAAUUUAAAAUACUGCAAAAUAAAAAAACGUAAAAAGUUGAGUAGCCGCAGAACCGCAACCGGCGGAGAAUAAAAUGCCAUACAUCAAUUACUCGUAAAACGACAAUUUCAAUGGAGACUGAUUUUGUUUAGUAAGAAACUAACAGAUAUACGCAACAACUACAACUACGAAGUCGCCUAGGAGUGCAACUAACUAGAGGCAAACUCUACGCUCACAUAAUGGAACACAAUCACAGAAUACUCUAUCGCAAGCGUUUUGGCAACAGCAGCUGCACGAUGGAGCAGAAAUUACUGAUGCUCACUGCAAUCGUGAUUGCGAAUGCCUGUAUAGCGGGCACCAUACCCGCCACACCCGAGAACAUCACCGUCACCUUCCUCACGCCGACGACGGUGCGCGUCUCCUGGCAGACGAUGAUCGAUUUGAAUGCGCAUCCAAUCGAAAAGUACAUUGUCACAUAUAAACCGACGGAUGACAGUUACAGGGUUGUUCAGGAUGUCGCCGGCAAUAGUGAGGCAAUCAUUUUAGAUCGUCUGUCGCCCAGCACGCAGUACUCGAUAGCGGUGACGGCCAUUUGGCUUGGCAAGAAAUAUCGCAGUCGACAGAUAAUAUUUCGCACAUUAGAUAUGCCUAAGACAUCAUCGCAGCAGGACUACGCGCCCGGACACAUGGCCGGCGCGCUGGGAAGCCAAAACAGUGUCAGAAACGUUAAUGCGGGCAUCGCUGGCGGUGGUGCUACCGAUGGAGGUGGUGGUGUGAGCGCGGGUGGCACGGGGCUUAUCGGCGGCAAUCUGGCUAGCGCAGCGGCAGCAGCAGCAGCUAACGGCAAUGGCACGUAUGGGGACGAUGUAACCUCAACAGUAACGAACACAAUGGCGCAGCGACCACGUGAAUUGCCAACGAUACGCGGAGUUGAAAUCGGCAUUGUGCUCAUUGUGUUGAUGGUGUGGGCUGGCGCUAUCGCGCUGUUCUUCAAUCGUUGGGGCAAAAUACGCAUGCUAUUGCCCUAUCAACCGGACUACAAACACGAACAGCUGAAGGUACCCGGCACGGGGGUGUGCACCGGCGCUGGCUGCAAUGGCCAACAUUCGCAUCAGAACCUACACCCAGAUAUAUUCGUAAAGUGUUUGCCGCGUUGCGAGGGUUGUGGCAUCUUCGAUCGCUGCUUUCAAUAUCCGCGACGCGAGCUGGAGCGCGAUUGCGGCUGCCAGUUUGCAUUGCUGCAUAAGGCCGAUGUUGAGAGCUAGCAACCAGCGCAUGGUGAUGGCGUUGCAUCGUCGGAAGGUUACGUCAAAGUCGAUAGCAUCGAUAGUCCGACUGCCGCGCUGGCGACACCAUUGCACAGUUGUGGCGCCAUCAGUUGCCUGCGCCUCGAGAACGAAGUGGCCAGAGGUGGCGCCGGUGGUGGUGGUAGUCGCCAUAAUUUGAGCGACAGCGAUUGUAGCGCUAGCGAAGUGGACGAACAGGGCGCUGUCGAUGAGAACGAUAUUGACGUGGAUGGUCGAAUGCAACGCGAUCACCGCUCCUUGCACGAGCAGCAGCUUCAGCAAUAUCAUCAACAACAACAACAUCAACUGCUCAUACAGUCGAAAUCCAAAGCCGGUGGCGCUAUCAGUGUCGUUGGGAGCGGUGGUGGAGGUGAUCUCAAGACCAGGCAGAAGCGUUUCACUCAACAACGGAGUAUAUUGAAGAAUUCAACGGAGCGUUCAAGCAAUCAGGAUGAGCAAGAGCUGCUGGAGGCCAAAAAGCAACUGAUAUUGCGGCGACGGCGGCUCUUCAGCCACUACCGCCAGUACGAGCAGUGGCGUCGGCGACAAUUCAGCUACGAUCCGUGCUACUAUCGCGCCAUACCGCUGCCAAUUGGUCAGGCGUCGUCCACCAAUUAUGCUGGCGGUUACAGCGGUCCGGGUCAGGGCGCAUUCCGACGCCGCCGCCAGUACAGGCGGCAGUACUCGUGUGCCGAACGUGAGGAUUCGCGCGAGAGUCGUGAGUCGUCGUCGCUGCAUCGUUAUAAGGGCGACAGUAUGAUGGCUAGCGAAUCAUUCAACACCGACAGCGCUAACUAUAUUAACUAUGAACAACAACAACAAGAACAAUCAUAUAAACGAUCACAACAACCGCAACAGCAAAAACGUGACGAAUCGUUCGAACCUUACUCAUCAGCAGUGGGACGUCGCAAUCAUUUCCACAUGUUGCACGAGGAGCGCUCUGCCUCCAUUUCGGAACGAUGCACACGCAGUCGCAUCAAUUCGGCCAUAUUCGUUUCGUCCGAGGGAAGAGGUUUUGACUCAAUCGAAUUUCUGCGUCGACACGGUUCGCAGAGCGUGUUGUGCCGGAAGGCGCGCAGCGCUGAGAAUAUUACCGACAAUGAGCGUAAGAAGAGUUUCUCCGACAAUAAGGGUUCGUGGCACAACGACGGGAAUAAUGACAGUGAUCCGAACAGGAGACAAGACGACGACGAUGGCAGCGCCAUUGAGCUACGCGAAUGCCGCCCCAAUCAAAACAAUUGCAACGCCGGUUGCUGUGGCGAGUCACGUACUCUAUCGGUGCUGACUACCAACACCAGUUGCGAUCAUCCAUCCACGUCGGCGGCCGCCGCGGCUUCAAUGUCCGUCACGAAUGUGGUUGUGGGCAGCAUUUCGAUUGAAACACCACCCUCUCACAUCAAAGACGAACUGCACAACAGCACCGCCAGCAUCGCAGCCACGACCACCGCCAUCGUCGCUUUGCCAAACGGUGAGAAGAGACAGCGUCCAAAUACCUUUGCCGGCAUGUCGAAGAAGAGUUCCGCCUCGCGCGACUCCACCGACACAGUCGAGGAGUUAGUACUCGUGCCAACCGUUGCUGCCACUGCGGUACCGUUACCAGAAAUAGCCAUUACAAGCCGUUCGCGUACGCUCGUGCGUCAGCGCUCGUCAACCGUCUCCAUUUCACCGCACCGCAGUCCCAAAACGCUGGCGCUAAAGCAUGCCAAACCAAAGAUCGCAGCGUUACCAAUGGUCUCGGUGUCGGGACCAUCACCACCGCACGAGAAACCGCCGCCACAACCGCAAACGGAGUAUUUGUAACAAAUGGCAGCCGAAACAUUUAUUUAAGCUUAAGUGAAUGCAACGUUGACAUGGAAGAUGGAAGUACUAUAUGAGGAGAAGAGAAGGCAAGCCCGUUGCGCAUCCGGAGAGUGAGGGUGUUGUAUGAGGACCGAAUCAGGUUUGCGGCAAAGCUAUAAGGCACAAAAGUAGCUCCUACCAUAUGCUCAGCGAAGUAUGUACAUAAUUGGUAUCUAUUUCCUAUACUCUUCCUAACUUCCAGCUCACGUAUUUAUCUCACACACUUACAAAUGUUUCGGCUCUAAUUGGAACGGUUCGUGGCCAACUCGCGUUGGGGUUGCCUUUCGGCUAAAAUCUAACUAAAAAUCUCAAAAAUGACUGAACUAUUCGUAACUACUGAAAACCGUUAAAAACGAAUUACAUAUGUACAUACAACACUUAUAUAUGUAAGUGUAUGUGUAUUUAUCACAAAAACAAAAAAAUCAUGAAAACUUAGCACUAGUUAUUAGUUCUAGUUCUAAAAAUACAACCCGAGCCAUUGGUAGAAAGCAUUGGCGCAAAGCUUUAACAAGUCACUUGAAAACUUUCAAGCUUUAAUAUUAUAAAUAAUACCGUUAAUACCGUUUAUAACAUUUUUUCGUCAUUAUUAAUGCAUUAUUAAUGAAUGUUAUUAGUGUAUCGCGUACAUAUGUAUAUAAACGUGUAUGUAUGUGUAACUAUUUACUAUUUAUAAGUAUAUAUAUGUAUGUAUUUAUAUGUAACUAUGUAUUGUAUUUAUGUAAAUAUGUUUGUAUAGAUAAAAGUACAACUAACAACAAAUUAAAUUAAGCAACAAAAGUAACUACAAAAAUAUCAAGUAACAACAAAAAAUUAUAGAAUAUUUGAUUAUUAUCAUUAUUUCUGCGUGUAUCAAAAACGAAACACACAUACACACACCUGCGCGUACUGGGAUGCAUGAGCCGUAGGUACAUAGAUUUUUAGGGAGCUUACAUACAUAAAUUGUAGAUUUUCGAAUCGCGUUUUUUUUGUGGAAUCCUGUAGGUACAUUCGUAUAUAUGUAGCAAUUAGAUUUUUUAUUAUGUACUUAUGUAACAAUAAAUUUGUCCGUAAGUUUUAUAUUCAUACCUACAUAUGUGACUAAUAUCAUAUUGUAUAGAGCAUGGUGGAUAUUUAUAUAAGAGUGUUAAUGCUCCUAAGGGGAAUUGUCUUAGAGGUCGCAACACCAACACCAUAUGAUUGGUUGAAGAGUGUGUAUAAGUGGCAAUUAAUUAAGAUAUUUAUAGCUCAUUUUCAAUAGAUUCAUGCUUUUUGUUUCAAUAUUUUACGGAUUUCGUGAAAUCGGUAACUGGACUUCUUCACAUAACUUUCUUAAAUUGAAACUGGAGUUACUACUUCAAGACCACAUUCAGAAAUUCAUUGAACAUCGCUUGGGAAUACGUUUUGUUUCGAAGUCCAUAUGUGGUUUCAAGAGUUAGUAUAUUAUACUGACGAAUUACUUCAGAACACAAUUUUAGUUUAACACUUAUUGGAUACUUUGUCUUUUAGAAAAGCUCAAGAUUUUUCUUAUGGAAUCGAUAUCAUGUCUCUAGUUCUAGAUCAAAAAUAUAAAGAGACACUAACGUGUUACUUUACAUACUUGCUUUGGUUCAAUGAGCCCAAUGAGUUUUUUGAAAUCUUUUUUUUUUUAGAGAAAAAGAAGACCGAAGAGAGAAUCGUUUCCGAUUUCGACACAUUUCAAGCCGAAACUUAAACAUUUUUGUAAAUCUUUUCUAAUAUUUAUUUAAGUUUAUGCUUUAUAAUCAUUAAAAAAUUGUCUCACGAAUCCCAUUUUCUUGUAAUGAACAAUUCGAUGGAAGACCCUUGAAUUUAUACAAAACAUGAGAUCUGAAGAUUAUAUGACACAAAAUACUAGUGAAGCAUAUCUAAAUUUUAUAAAAAUGGUGGAUGAUAGCAAUGCAAUCUGAGCAGAUUUUUAAUAUAUGUUUUUCAAAUCCAAUAAAAGAAAUGAAAAAAAAAAUAAAUAAAUAAAUGUACAUACCAAUGUAUAAUGAAAAUCUUAUAUCAAUUAAGAAUAUUAAUUAAAUGAUAUAAUUAAAUUAAAUUAUAGAAAUAAUAAUAAUGUACUCGCGAUGGAAUUUAAUGGCAUGUCAGGGUUCCAAAGGCAGGCCAAAAUCAAAGCUCAAGAAUUUCAUAAAUCAUUGCAAUUAUAAGAUACGGUAUUCAGCUAAAUCGAAUGAAGCACAUCAGCAAUCACACACUAGUUCUAAGUUAAUUAGUAAUAGAUAGUAGUAGCUAACGUCUAAUUCACAAAAUUAUUUGAAGUUUGAAACGUAAGAAGCCAAAUAGAACCCUGACCCGAAAACCCGAAAUCGUAUAUGCAUGUGUAUCUAUAGUAUUUAUACCAACUCGUACUAGCAAACUAAACAUGACCUAAACAAUAUCUAAAUGCAUAAAUACAUAUAUAUAUUUAUAUAGACACGUAUACACCUACUGAAAUUUUAUGAAGAAAUACGGUAUAAGCUUUACUCUCCUCUAUCAAAUAACAAAUAAACAAAUAUCUAAAUGUAAACAACAAGAUAACUGUGAAAAUAAUAUUUUGCACACAUGUACUGGUGUACAUACAAACCUACCACACAGUGCAUAAAAAAUGUUGAAAGAGAUGUUCAAAGACACCAACCAAAUAUCACAGUGCAAUCGAAGGAUUUGAUUUUUCUGUAAAACCAAAGGAAGGAAUAAAAUAUAUAUAAUAUGUAUAAGCAUGCACCUAGAAAUAAAAUACAACAAUUGCAUGACUCCUUAUAGAGUUAUAUACCUACAAGUAGUUAUUUAAGAAUAGAAUAUUUCAAUAAAUAUAUUGCCAAUACUCAGUGUUUAUAAAACGAAACAUAUUUCAUUGAUUACUUUGGAGAACUAUGUAACAGAACAUGAAAUGCGGCAGAUCUUUGCAUUAAUGUACAAGAUUGAUAUCAAAGAAGAUUUCAAAAAUAUUAGGUUUGUUAGAAAUAUUACUUUCAAAUUAAUUUUUUUUUUUAUCAAAAAUAACCUGAUCUGAUCCUGAUUUUGUCUUAUCCCUUCAUAGGGCAUUUUAGAACUUUUAAUGGAAUUUUAAAAAUUAUGCUCCCUAACAAACCUACUACUACUACUACACUACUGAAUCAUAGAAUCCAUAGUACAAUAAUACAACCUAAAGAAAUUCAACAAAUAAUUGAAUUGAAGGUUUCAGUAUAAAUUAAAUGUGUUAACUAAAGUGUUUAAUCCAUAUAACAAAAAAAAAAGAAAAACGAAUUUUUGAUAGAAACGCAAACAAGUUUUAACAAAACUAUAAUAUUAAGAGAUGCAGGCGAGUUAAAGAAUUCUUUUAAAUUCAACUUUUAGCUUUACUUUUUGGUUUGUAGUUAGUCUAUCUCCCGCCAAUGUUCACUAAAUACUGGAAAAAGGAAAAUAUUACUUGUGUCUCGAAAAAUAAUUUUACAUUAUUCGUGACUUAUUAAGAUUAGUUUUCUUUAAGUUAAUUUAUUUUUUAUUCAAUUAAUGGCUUAACUAUUUUUGUUUUAAUUUUAUAGACUUUUUAAUAAACCAGUAAUUUAACAAAAACAUUUUUUUUUAAAGAAAUAAAUAAAUGGAAAAUCCACAAUUCCGUCUCAGUUUUAUUCAACGAAAUAAUUUUACUAAAAACAACAGUUUUUAAAUACCCCGUACAAAAGUCCGUAAUAAGUGUACCAAUAAUAUAUUACUAACAUAUGUAAUUCCAAAAGCUUUACCGAACUACAAUAUAAUGUCAAUAAAAAUAUUUUCGAAUUCACAUACAAAUAAAAUAUAAAUAAAUAUGUAACUGAAUAAGAAAGCAAUUAGCUAUUUAUGUAGUCAAUAAUAACCACAUACAUUUUUCGUAAAUAUAAAUAUCAUUUCAUAUAAUAUAAUAACUAUAUGCAUACAAUUUUAAAUGAUACAUUUUAUUAAUUUAAUUGUUAAAAAAAAUCAAAUUUUUACAAACAAUUAUUUUCUUAUGUAACAAAUUAAAUAGAUUAUAUAAAUUGCUUUUCAGAUUUAUAGAAUCAAAACAUAUUAGUUAUUUUUUUUAAUUGCAACGAGUUAUCAAAGUUCAAAUAAGAAUUUUCAAUAAAGGUUUACGGCUUCUUUAUAUGAAAUUAGUGUCUUAUUUAAAAAAAUAACACAGAAAAUACAGAAAAUUAUGGAAUAUUUCAAACUCAUAUUAGUUAAAUAAGUUGAUCCGAGCCAAACCGUAAAAUCAAACCAAUAAUUUAUAAGUACGCAUGUGUGUACAGAAAUAUUUCACUUUGAAUUAAUGCAAAGUAUUUGCAAAUCGAAUAAACAUUAUUUGAAAAUUGGUUAAAACAAAGGUGUUAUUAGGAAACCAUUUUAGCGAGAUAAACAUCGUUUUAAUAAGAAUUUUAAUG